AUGACCAAGAUUUGGAAUGAAUCUCUUCUCUCUACAUCCACAUGGCCUACCUCUUGCAAAAUUGCUCAUAUAGAUCCUUUACCAAAAGUCGAGAAUCCAAAGGAAUAUUGUGAAUGUAGAGGUAUAAACGUCACACAUGUGAUUGGACGAUGCUUCGAAAGAACGGUUUAUCAUUAUCAUAGUAAAAGAUCUUUCGAGGCGGAGUUAUCAUCUUCCCAGUUUGCUUAUCGAAUCGGUGGGUGUAGCACAGACGCCUUAAUUAAAUUACAGUAUAUGUACCUGAAAGCACUAGAAGAACCAAAUUGUGAUGCAGUGAGAUUAAUUGCAAUGGACUUUUCCAAAGCAUUUGACAAUGUAAAACACGCAAAACUGAGUGAAAAAUUGAAAUCGAGUCCUAUGAACCCUUAUUUAGUAAAUUGGUAUUUAAAUUUCUUAAAAGAUCGAAGACAGAGAAUAGUUUUCCAAGGAACGACAUGCAAGUGGAAAGAUAUUAACAAGGGAGUUAUGCAAGGAACUGUAACCGGACCACAUUUCUUUAAUUUAUUUAUUAAUGAUUUGGAGAUUAAAAACUGUUCCAACACCCCCCUUGUUAAAUUCGUGGAUGAUUCCUUACUUUUGGUACCGAUUUUGAAGAAUACCCAAGAUUGUAGUUCUAAAGCUAUAGAUGAAUUUAAGGACUGGUCCGAAUCAAACUCUUUACCUUUAAAUGAGAGUAAAUGUAAAGAAAUGACUAUAUUAAAGAAAGGACGAUCAGAGGAUUGUGUAUCACCAAUUUAUGGUUUUGAACGGCACUCUAGUCUUGAAAUACUGGGGCUAACCUUUGAAAUGACAAGCAGAUUUGAGAAAUGUGUUAAGAAAAAGUUGGUGAAAGCAAAUAAAUGCUUGUUUGUAAUUCGAAAGCUGAGGAAUGAAGGAUACAGUCAAGACGAAUUAGAUCUUCUUUUUAGGUCACUGGUCCUGUCACAACUUACCUAUGACUUAUCAGUUAUUGCUGCAUCACCACCGGAGUAA